UACAAGCAUAUUCUCCUUGAAUCCAUAACCUGUGUCAUCUGUCAACGAUCAAUUCAAGCUUCGACUGCACAGGUCUAACGUUCAACGAAUAUUUCUCAGAAUUAUCCCACGGUGACAACUUCACUUGACGUUAAUUAUGUUUUCCAAAUUUGUUCUGCUAUUCUCCCUAUUAGUAGCCAUUGAAGCCCUUGCGAAGACUAGGGCCCCAUCUGGUGGAAUCGUUCAGGGCAUAUCACCACGCGGUGAGCACCAUUCUGCACAAGAUGUCAUCAACCAGCUAGGACUGGCGCCGAGCGCGGAGAAAGGGUACUAUUUAGAGACCUUUCGCGACUCAGCGCUGUAUGGCAACCGGUCUGUUAGCACCGCAAUUUACUACCUAUUGGAGGGCGCCGUUGGCAAAUCAUAUUGGCACCGGGUUGACGCGGCUGAAGUCUGGCACUAUUACGCUGGGGCACCGUUAACACUCUACUUGUCUCUGGACAACGGUCAGCCAGUUAGGGAGAAUCUUUUGGGUCCAGAUAUCUUUCGCAAUCAAACACCACAGGUGGUGAUUGCUGCACAUGAGUGGCAACAGGCAUUAAGCCACGGAAAGUGGACCUUGGUAGGAACCACAGGUAGGUUUCCCCAGUUUUUCUCUUUUCUAUCUGUUCUUCUUGGGUUCCUUCUACCUAUUGACGGACCUCUUCAUCUGACUUGCAUUAUAGUGGCUCCUGCAUUCACAGAUUCUGGUUUUGAGUUAGCACCUCCUGGAUGGCAGCCGAACGGUGCCUAACUACUUCUGUCACACAUGUACUUGUAUCUAACACCUACCGUCGAGCUGGCAAGAAUCCUAUAGAACUUUCAUGGAAUCCGAAUUGAAGAAUUGGGCAUUAGGGGUUAUACACGUAGACCUAUUUCUGCAGGUACCUACUAGGUGGUUAGAUAGACUCUUUAGACACGAGCAAUCCAAUAUUUUCGAUAGUUCAGAUCGU